AUGGAACUAACCCUCCAAUCCCUCUCCUUAUCCACCGCUUCCACUCCCAUCCCCGACUACAACAAAGGUCCCGACCCCCACCAAGCCCUCCAAAUCCACGACUACCUACGCGUCUCCUUCCUCCGCCAACCUGCCGAAGUAAAAGCCGCUUCCCAAAAAGCCAUCCAGCUGUUCAGCGCCUACUACCCGGAAACCCUGUCCAAAAAAUACUUUGUCAAUGUGCCGUUGGUUAUGCAGUGGAUGUUUGGCGCCAUGCAGGUUUUUAUGGCCAAAGAGACGGUUGCAAAGAUGCAGUGGAUGAGUUAUGGCGAGGAGUUGCAUAAGUAUUUGGGGAGUGAUGUGAGUAAGCAGUAUGGUGGUCAGGGACCCGAGUUGGAGGUUGUGGGUGUGACGCCCUUGUAUGAGCAGCAAGCAUCGGAAGACGCUGUUGCUGAUGCUGCUGCUGCCAAGGAGGUGGCUAUCUGA